GAAGUCAAUCUGCACCGCCCCGGCAGAAACAAAAACUUUGGAAAGUCCACACAUCGUCACAUUGCUGAAUGCAGCCACAUUCCUGCCUGUGGAUUACAAAGCCUAACUAUUAUUCAAGACAGCCACCUAUUUCAGAAAAUCAUUGUUGCUCAUCCACCGGACAAGGACAAUUGAACCACUGACCGAACAUCUUCACACCGCUGAGACUGAGAUCCCGCUUUUACAGAAAACUUUAAGCGAUGGAGGGAUAUCUGAUGAGGCUCACCUUGCUUCUGUGCAUUGCUCUUGCAGCCUCAUCAUCAAGUCAGACAUGCCAACCACAAGACCAAAAGGCGACCUAUGUGAGAGAGAUGCUGAGGGGCUGUUGGACCGAUUUUGUCAGAGAAGACAAAGCAGAGGUCCACAUCCUUAACCUGAUAUGGGUUGGGGGUAAUAACAUGUUCGACCUUGAAAUGAACAUUUCAAAGCCAGUGAUCUUUAUCAUUGCAUCUUCUGAAAAUGCCUAUGGUUCGUACCAUCUCAGCAAAGAAGUGACAGUUUACGUAAAUUCCAAAAUUCUACUGUUUGGUAAACACAAUAUCUACACAGAAGAUAUUCCCUAUCAAAACAUGGAGUUGAUCAAGUGGGCAGAGCAGAAAUUUGGGGGUGUGACUUCAUUCACUACUGUUCAAAAUCUCCACAAAAUUACACGAACAGAAGCACAAGGAACCAAACCAGGUUCUUCGAAUUGUGUACUUGAAAAUGAAGAUAUCUCACAGAAGCCCUUUCUGAAGACUGAAACAGAUCCCAAAGGGAUCAAAUCUUGCAUCCCAGAGCCACAAAACACCAGUUAUGACGAGAUUCAUGUCAUAAACAUCCCAGAGGAUUCUACUGUUCGCAAUGUAUACCUACAAGUUAAAAAACAGGGUACAUCUCUGUUCCUGAGAGGCCCUCAGGGCACCACAUGGACCUUUCUCAGGACAGACUUCUGGAAGCUCGGUUCUAACAAUGACAUCCAGGUACCCCAAAUCCAAAGUAAAAUUGAACGAACAUAUACUGGUACACUGAGCGGUGACAAAGCAGAGGAUGUGCAGAAAAUGGCUUUGGAAUAUUUUAAAGUCAGUUAUUUCACGAGCUACAGUGAAAUUACUCUAAAUGCAACAACCAUUUUUCUGGGGAUUGGAAAACAACACAAUUUACCAGAGAGAUCUCCUACAGUCAAAACAGCAAUGGACAAAAACAUGAUUCCUAUAACAACUAAUGCUCCGAAUCAGAUGCCUCUGACAAUGGAGCUGUACACCUCCCCAGAUUAUCACUUACCCUUAGACCCUGAAACCAGAUUGCAGACUAACAAGAGAAUCUAUGCAGAGAUAUCUGGAAACACUUUAGGGGGCAUGGUAUUGACCCUCAAGGUGAUUAACUGCAUCGUGUGCUCCAAGGCUUCAUGCUCUAUAAGGAAAGAGCUCCCGUUCAUGUUAGAGGCCUGCUCUGUAGACUCCUGUCAAAACAGCGCUCGACUCAGUUUCUCCUUAGAUCAGCUGCAAGAGACGACAUCCACCAUGUGGGAUCUAGAGUGCUCUGUUAACCUCUGCCAUAGUGAGAACUGUGUGGAAGGAGGAAGGGUGAGGAGGAAUCUGGAGGUUACGCAGUCAUGCCAACCACGGGACCACUUAUGCGUUGAUUUUGGCCUGUCAGGUGUUCUUUGCAUUGCUUUUGGAGGGUUCCUGAUUGGAGUGUUACUUAUUGGAGCACUGUGGUUUAUCAAGAUUAAAACAGCUCGACUGGACAUAAGGUCAACUGCAGCCAGUUUUCCUGGAUGUCCCUGUUCAAGAGCAAAGCGACAGCCUGUUUCUUCCAACCCAUCACCCUCUGAGAACAGCAGCGCAAAUGCUAGCAUUGGAAGCACCCAAAGCACACCGACCAGUAGCAUGGCGUGAGCUCAUUGUGGGUUAUACUAGCAGGGCCACCAUCCCUUCUAUGUCACCUUAUAUGGAUGUUGGGCAUUUUGUUGUCAGUCCGAAAAAGCAUUUCUUUAUACCCUACUCUUUUUAAAUUGUUGUUUAAAAAGCACAGAUGAUGGUAUUUGACAUACCAUGUCUUAAAUGGAUCUGGGAGUUUGUAGUUAGGUGUGGAAAAGAAUGAAUGAUGAGUAACCAACGUUUUAAUACUUGUUUUUAGUGCUUUCCUUUGCUGCCUCUGUAAAUUUGAAUCCUCACACAGGAUCUUACAGAGGCCAAAAAGAAAAAAAAAAAGAAUUGUCUCCUCCAGUAACAGGAAAAACAAACCAUAUCCCCUCAAGAGCUAACAGGAAAUUCACUGCAUUCUUUCCAAUGAAUUGUGCUUGUGUGAUGGGAGCACCAUAAUAGUUAUCCAGGAGACAAACCGGUCUAAAGACAGGCUUUAAAGACAGAUGAAAAGAUGUUUUGCAAACAUUUAAGAAACAAAAAAAACUUUGGGUUAUGUGCUAGGUCAGUCAAGAGAAUUCAUCAACAACAUGAUGGUUCUGUGUUCUGGCUUUUUUCCAUAUAGACAAUGGAAUACUUCCUUUUAUAAUGUUUGAUUAAUUUGGAGUCCAAAGAUCAUGGUUUUAUAGCUACCUCUUAUUUAGUAGAAAUCUGGGGAUAAGGUAAAACUUAAAACUAGAUUUCUCCAGUGAAGUUAUUAUUUUUGUUUAAUCCUUUUUAAUUUACUGUAAUUUCUUGCUACCUACUUUUAACCCUAAGGUGACCCUGUGGGUCAUUUGUAGCUCACAAAAUAAAUGUAUGAUGCCAUUGCCUUGUUAUCCAGUGGAUAAAUAAGUGUCAUCAUAUUUUUUUUUUCCCUAGCGCUCAUUUCAGAUUAGAUUUGAUGUAUUACAUUUACUAAUAAUUUCACAAAACUAUCUAAAUGAUUAUGAAGAAGAAAUUUAAUAUGGACUAACGUGGAUUUCUUUUUUUACACAAGCUGAGAAUGCAUCAAUAUUUUAAUGCAGAGUACCACUUCAAGAUGUAUUCUUGUAUUCAGAGCUGAGUAAUAUGUUCAUUAUGAUUCACUAAAUUACUGCACAUCAAUUUCCAGGCAUCACACUGUUAUGUUAGUAAUUGGCUCUCAUUCAGCUUUAUUGGCCGGGUGGAGUUUCCCCUCAAACAGUGUCGAUGUUAAAUUCCAGUACUUUUCCAUUGGACCAUAUCCAUUCUCACCAGUGACACCAGUUCUUCCUAAUUACCUAGAAUUUGGCUAUACACAUUAUAUGUCUGUGGAACAGACCUUUAUAUGUUGAAUUUAAGUCUUGUAACAGGAUUUUCAUUACUCUGUUAACCUUGUAGAUUUAUUUUUGUUGUAUAUAUUUAAAGACCAGGAUGUGAUAUCUAUAAUACCCCUUUCCCUCAUAACAUUUCAUCCAAUGAUCUAAAACAUUUAAGUGAGACAAAAAAUCCAAAAACAGAAGAAAUCUGAAAGGAUAACACUUUUUUACAGCACUGUAUAACCAAGACAAGUAUUCAGAAUAUAUUCAGAAUAUAGCCAGUCCACAAUUGUCCUUUCUGUUUGGUAUGCAUAAAUUAGUUAAAUAGGUUUUUUUUAAAACUUUAUGAGACUUUUAUGAUUCACCACUUCAUUCAAAGUUUGAUUUGAAAACUGACACAACCUUGAUAUCAGUUGUAUGUUAACCUGCCAUUCCUUUAGACCUAUUUCUCUACCAUAUUAAAAGGAUGUUAAAGCUUCUGCAAGGCUCAACAGUCACAUUUAAUACAGGCAUUUAGUUUCACAGGUUCUCCUUGUUGUAACAAUGGAGAUUAUUGUAGGGGGAUACAGCAGAGCAGGGUAGUGAUAUUCUAUAGUAAGAAUGCUGAAUAUUAAUUUGUAACCACAAUCAAUUUGCUUUUCUAAAACUGAAGGACAAAUGACUAUAUACAUAUGUUUUUCAGGUAAAUUAUUGAUUGUAUUUUAGUCAUCUAUUUAAGUCAGCUCUGAAUACAGACCAUGCAGACUCUAUAGCAUAAUUAAUAUUAACAAUUUCAUUUCUGGAUUGUAUGUGUAUUGUCACAUUUUAUUAGUUAUUUCAAUUGCUCUUUACCCCUUUCAAAACGUUAAAAAUUGUACAUUUAUUUUCACUUGUUUUUUAACUGAAUAGUUUUAUUUUCAACAUUAGUAUGGUUAAAAUGAACAGUUCAUGUCUAAAGUUCAUAAUAUUGGCUGUAUGAAAAUACCCUAUUUUAUUUAUUCUUGUUGAGCUAUUUUCUCAGACAUGUUCCAAACCAACUACAAAUUUUGGGAUAUGUGUAGCAUAUUUUCCUCCUUUAUACAUGUGUAUUCCUUUUUAUUGCUUGAUUUCUUUUAACAUUGUUGCUGAGACAGAACAAAGAAGGCCAGUACAAAUUGCCACUUGAGAAUUUGUGCAAUAUGGUUAGAAGUUAAUGUGUGCCUAAUGUCUAUGUUUUUUUUUUUUUGUAUUUGUAAGUCUUGUUUGAUAGUCUUUCUUUGAAUCAUUCCAAAGCCUGAUUUGUUUUUUGGGAUAAUUCCUAAAAGAGCACUAGAUGUUUUUUGUUUUUUUUCCAAAAGAUAUACAUUUGACUUUUUAUUCUAGUCAUCUGAGACAAUGCAUGUCACAUCACAUUUUAACCACAAUGCAGUUUGUUUCCCCCUCCUCCACCUUUGUCCUCUAAAUUCCUCUGUGAACCAAAAACAUACAUGACAUCUUGACAUUGUAUUGUGCUCAAUGUAUUAUCUCCAGGCAGUGUGGUGGGGAUGUGCAUUCUGAAUUUUGAAGACAGGAUGUCUCACCAUCCACUACAUCCUGAAUGAAUAAUCAGCACAUAGUUAUCAGUAUACUGUCCCGCCUCAAUUUGCAGUACUGACAUAAAUGUUUUGAUUUAAUAGGGAGCAUGCAAGCUGCCUGGGUUAAAGCACCCUUUGUAUCUGUCACAACAGUGAAAUUAGGCUGUCAGUUCAUCCACUUGUCGUUAACCCUGCAGUGUUAUUUUUGUGCUCAAGUGGGCAGUCUUUUACCAUUUCAAGUGGUUUAAUUUUCGAGAAUGAACUUUUUGUGAUUAAAUAUUUGUUUUUGUUCCCAGAGAUUCCUUGUUUCUAAAACUAUUAUAAUAAAGUAAAUUUUAGAAACA